UCCUUCAGUAAAGGUGAAUCUUCAUGAUGCUGCUACUCUCCCCUGCACUCAGCUGUGUUCUGGUCUGGUCACAUGGACUUUAUAUCAUAAACCACAUGACAUUCUGGCUUAGUGUAACCAGACAUCCUGCCAGUUAGAGGAGGGAUUUCACAUGUCCCAUGAUCAGUACCUGAAGGGAGAUCUCUCCCUCACCAUCACUGAUGCUGAUUACACUAAGAGGUCCUUGUACACCUGCACCUGUAGUGGUAAAGACAUCUGUGAUGUGAGUCUACAGAUAGAGGCCUGUAAUUCUUCAGUUCAGAUUAAGCCUGAUGAACCUUUGGUGCUGGAUUUGCUCCUAUCAGAGUCAGUGGAGGUGAUUUAUAACAGCACAGGUGCAGCUGCUCCUUCUAGUGGACAGAUCUGCACAGUGGCUGGACACUCACUGAAGUGUAAACCUGAAUACACUCGGAGAGUGUCGCUCAUCUCUGCUGUGGAGCUGCAAGGAACCACACCAUCUGAUAGUGGAGUUUACAGCAUCAGAGACAUGAAGAAUGAAGAAAUUAUUCAGACAUACACAGUUACUGUGGAAGAAGUCCAGCCAUGUCCAGAUCAGAGCUCCACAGUGACGGUGUUGACGGUGCUCCUGGCUCUGACGGGGGCGGGGCUUGUGGCAGCAGUGCUGGUGAUUGUGCAGCUGAGGAAAAAAAAUUCAGGAGCUCCAGAAAGGAAGUACAGUGAAUGGAAUAGUAACCAUGGCAACAGAGGAGUUAAUAUGAAUGGACUAAACCACUCAGUUGAGGAGCAGAGGUGA